UAGUACGGCAUCUACAUCAAGAAUUGAUAUUUUCAUGGAAUCCAAUGCGAACUUAAAUCUUCAACGGAGCGUUCGGGCCACAGAAGCUACUCUGGUUUAUCAUACCGUUAAACAUCACGAAUCAUUUAACUCACUAGAUUGCACAGCUCCACUUUGCAAGAGUAUAUAUCCAGAUUCGAAAAUCGCAAAAGAUGUAACCUGUUCCCGCUCAAAAGCUGAAGCUAUCCUAAAAAAUGUUUUAGGCCCAUUUGCCCAAGAAAAUAUGUUAAAAGAAGUGUCAAAAAUCAGAUACUUGAGCGUCUCCACAGAUAGUAGCAACCAUGGUGCUAUUAAGCUAUUUCCUGUGCUUAUACAAUAUUUCAACCCUGAAAAGGGAGGAAUUCAAGUUAAAUUACUGGAGCUACAGGCCUUACCGAACGAGACUGCUGAAACAAUAUCCACUUACAUACACACCAUUUUGACGGACAAAAACUUAUUGGAUAAAUUAAUAGCUUUUUCAGCGGACAACACCAAUACUAACUUUGGCGGUAGAGAGAGAAGUGGGACCAACAGCGUCUACAGUAGACUCAAAUCAGCUACUCAAAACGAUGAUAUGGUCGGUGUUGGAUGUAUUGCACAUAUCUUCAGCAAUUCCGUACAUCACGCAAUCGAAUCUUUACCAAUCUGUGUAGACAGCAUAGUGAUGCAAAUGCACAACCAUUUUGCCAGCUUCACAGUUCGUACUGAAGCUUUAAAAAAAGUUUGUUCAGAAUUGGAAAUUGAUUUUAAACGUAUGCUUAGCCAUUCAAAAACCCGCUGGCUAUCUCUUUAUCCCGCCAUAGAGAGAAUCUUGCAAAUGUACGAGCCAUUAAAGUCAUACUUUCUUUCACUGAGUUAUCCGGCCAGAACAUUGCAAAUGUUUUUCGAAAAUGACUUCUCUGAGUGUUAUUUAUGGCUCUUACAUUCUUUCAUGUCUAUAUACCAAAGCCGAAUCAAACACGCUGAAACUGCUGAUAUUUCUGUCAAUGAAGUAAUUGAUCAGUGUUCGCAAGUAGUGGAAAAUAUAAACGAAAGAUUGGAACAAAAUUUUUGCCCAAUGAAAGUGACCGAAAUUUUACGGCGUUUAUCGGAGGCUCGUCGGGAUGAGGUAGAAGAUUUUAAACAAAACAUGAGAAGAAUUGGUGACCCCGCAGCUGAACAAAGCGCAACCUGGUCGUCGUACGGUAAUUCAAGCACAAUGAACCCGAUAGGCUCGCCUCAGAAGGGUGCGCCGCAGGUUAUGAAAGUGGAAGAAGGUAUGGCAAGUAUCUCUGUGUCGGCAAGAAUACCCGAGUUUUGGAGAGAGAUGCCUAGACUUUGGUUCGCCCAAUUUGAGGCGACCAUAGCCCCUCAGAAGCAGGGAGACGAGUGCCGUUUCCAGUUGGUUGUAUCGAAAUUAAAUCGCGAGGCGCUUCAGCAGGUAGCUGAUAUCAUUUACAGCCCACCUGAAACAAAUAAAUACCAAGUGUUAAAAGAACGGCUUUUACAAGUUUAUGAGGAGUCACCGGAGCGACAAUUCCAGAGGCUGGUUGGAGAGUUAGAUUUGGGCACUCAAAAACCAUCACAGCUCCUGCGCAGGAUGAAGGAGCUGGCAAGAAACAGCAAGGCUAGCGAUGAGACGGUGAAGAAUCUAUGGAUAACAAGACUGCCGGUACCCGUGAAGACAGUGCUCGCAGCUAGUCAAGACCAACAAGUAGACAACCUAGCCGCCAUCGCAGACAAAGUGAUGGAGAAUAUGCAGCCAAUCACAGGAGAGACGGCAGCGAGGUCGAUCCAGCUCAAGAGGCAGACCGACCAGGGCAGGCUCGCCAAGGCGGAGCCCAGCUAG